UUCAAAAUGGCGGAGCAGGUCAAGAAAACGUGCGUUAACAAAACUGAGAAAAUGGAUACUUCGGACUCAUCGAUGAAACAAGCUAACUUUGGAGAGCAGUCAUAUGUCGACAGUUUUUCACAGCGAGCAUUUGGUUCAUUGGUAUCAGCUAUCAAAUCGUCCACUGCACUGCCAUCUCCUGGUGAUGAUUAUGAAUUUUAUUCCAGUUUUAGCGGAGUUCGACAAUUCUAUCAGAGUCAAGGCAGCAGACUUUUAGAAAACAUAACCCAAAUUAUUAGACACCAAGGUAUCCAUGGUAAUGUGAGAGAGGAUAGUAAAGCUUAUGAGAUUGAAGAUAAACUGGACGUGAUCACAGAAGCUAACGAUGUUAUCUUAGAGAGGGUUGGGACUUUAUUGGAUGAAGCAUCGGGAUUUAAUAAGAAUGCCAAACCUGUAUUACCACCUGGUGCAAAAGACAAUAUUGUUAUAUCAAGCUGGAACAGAAAGUCUCAAAAAAGACAUGGUGGCGCUGAUUUUAAACUGCUGCAUGCGAAGAACAUCCAACGACCGCAGUUGAAAUUUAAAGAGAAAGUGGAUAACAGUAACGUGCCGUUCGUACCAAUCUUAAAAUAUAAACCAAAUGCCAUCAAGCCUUUACAACGAGUGCCAGCUGAAGAGCGGAAUGAUGAUGUCACACCGACGGCAAUAUCAGAUUUCAUCCACCAGCAACGACAGGCAACUGGACAACAACAAAUGACAGAAGAUGUUCCUGAUAUUUUUUCACAUCCGUACCAGUAUGAACUGGAUCAUUUCCAACCACUCGUAUCUCAGAUGGAAUCCAGCGAGCCAGUCAUGUACAAAUCACUGAACGAUACACCAUUGAAUAUGAUAAAGACAGUUGAAGAACUUCGGGCACUCAGUGAAACCCUCAAUAAACAGAAAGAAUUCGCUGUAGAUUUGGAACAUCAUUCCUACAGGAGUUUCCAGGGCUUCACAUGUCUAAUGCAGAUAUCAACCAGAGACGAGGAUUACAUCGUAGAUACAAUAGAGCUUAGAAGUGAUCUGAAUAUUUUAAAUGAGUCAUUCUCUAAUCCAUCUAUAGUUAAAAUAUUUCACGGUGCUGAUAUGGACGUAUGUUGGUUACAACGCGACUUCGGUAUCUACGUGGUGAACAUGUUUGAUACGGGACAAGCAUCAAGGGUGUUGGGAUUCUCACAGUUCUCACUGUCUUAUUUAUUACAACAUUAUUGUCAUGUGGUUGCAGACAAACAGUUUCAGCUAGCAGAUUGGAGAAUACGGUUAGUAUGGCAUAUGGUACUUUUAAGAGCUCAGAAUCUGUGUAAGUGUAUAAUAACGUCUUCCGAUUCGUUACUGCAGACAAUUACUAACUCAGUGUAA